AUGGGUCUGAAGCCCUUAGAGAAGCGGCGCAUUGAGAAGGCCAUCAACGCUGCGAUUGAAAGAGAUGGCGGUGCAAGUGGAGUAGCAGCGAGCCCUGCCCCGCGGGCAGACCCGGCAGCUCAGGCCAGAGCGCGUUUGGCCGCGGCGCAGAACAGUGGUUCGGCCGGAGAGCUCCGGCAGGCCCUUGCUGCUGCUCGUAGCUGUGGCUUGAAGCCAGCAGAGCUUGCUCAGGCUGAAGCUGCCCUAGCAUGGGCAGAGGCCACGGAGGAGUUGGUCGCAGCCGCGGCUGCAGCAAGGAGAACAUCCUCACCAGACUCUGUACAGCGUCUUGCAGCAGCUUUGGAUGCAGCCGCGAUGGCCGGAAUGCCGGAUGAGGAUGAGGCCGUUGCCGAUGCAUGGUACCUGCUCCAGGACCUCAAAGCUGCUGAGAGUCAGAAGAUUCCAGAGGUGGAAGGACUGAGAGAAGUUUUUGCCGAAGCACGCCUACCCCAAAGAGUGGAUGAGGCUAUGACAUGGUGCCAAAGCCAGAGGCUGCUGAGCACUUCUGAAGUGGUCUCUGCAGCCCAGGCGUUGGGAGAUCAUUUGAAUCUCCGGCCUUUGGAGCGAAAGCGCCUAAACAAGGCGUUGGAAGCUUUGGGAUCUUUCGGAGAGGCCCUCCAAGAUGCCCAAGAAGUUUUACCGACUCUACAGGCUUUGAAAGCUUUGCAGGUCCUGGUGGCCGAGCCAAAGGUGCAGGCCAAAGAGCUCGAGCAAGCCAUAGAAAAAGCCAAAGAGGCCAAAGUAGAUGAAGAGGAGCAAAACUCUGUGGAGUUUGGCGGGUUGGUGACCAUUGCAUUGGCUUUCCGCUUUGUUCUACCGAAGGAUUUAGCCAAUGCCAAGCAGAAGCUGGAGGACGGUUCGAUCCUGGAGCUGCACCAAGUGGCAAGCGCCCAGCAAGCCUUGGAAGAUGCCAUGCGGGACGGAGAUAUCGAGGCACUGGAAGCAGCCAUCAACGGUGGCAUUGCCAACCAAGUGGAGCAUGAAUUGGUCGCAGCUGCCAAAGAACGACUGCAAGACUUGCAGGAGCGUUCCAGGCAGAAGGAAGGGCCGCAGUUGGAAGCUUUGGCAGAGCUAGAAGCGGCACAGGCCGCAGGCGAUGCUACAGCUUUGGCUGCAGCAAUCUCGAAAGCAGAUUCUGCUGGUGUGGGACAAGAGCAACUGGCGGCGGCCAAAAAGGCUCUGUUCAAAUUGCAGAAAGAGAAGAGAGAUAAAAGCAAGCUGGAGCGCGCAAAGAGUCAAGCUCAAGCCGAGCUAGCUGCUGCUGUGGCGGGGGAGAGUGCGGAAGAGCUGCGGAAGGCGAUUCAGAAGGCGCAGGAUGCUGGUUUGGCACUUGAGGAAGCCCAAACUCGGCUGGAGGUGCUAGAAGAAGAGGAAAAGAAAGAAUGCAUCCAAUUGGCUUUUGAAGAUCUUGAGUAUGCUAUUUCUCAGGAUGAUGUGGAACAGGCCAACCUCGCCCUGGAAGAUGCUGCGGGCAUGGGUGCAUCGGAAGAGGAACUGAAAGAGGCCGAAGAGAAGAUUGCCGCCUUGCGCUUGAAGCUCGACCCAGAGGGUGAAGCACGUCGCCGGCGAGUAGAGGCGCGCAAGGCCAAGUCGGGUGAGAAGAAGUGGAACUUUUCCGGCAAGAGCAACAACCGCAUCAUCAAUGAUCGUUUCAGAGAACAUGAGGCCGAGCUUGAACGUCAACGUAUGCUCGCAUUCCGCGCUCGCGGCCGCUUCCGAGCCAAUGCGGAAGAUGAAGGUGAGGAGGGCGCAGAGAAAGGUGUCAAGAAGCUGCGGGCGGAGGUCAGUAAGGAGCUGGGCGCAGUCCCACUGCCAAAGCUCAACGAGGCAGCUUCGGGCUUCGCCUGGGGCCGUGUGCCCAAGGAGGAAACUGAAGCGCCUCGACGUAUUACACUGCGAGCACACCUGGAAGCUGGCGCUGGCAUCGAUUUGCAUGCCUCCUGGUGGGGCAUGGUGGUUGAUGGAAUCGACCCAGAACCAGGCCAACCAGGCCUACGCGUACGGGAUACCCUCGUAGAGGUCAAUGGCACUUCCCUCAUGGAGCUCACCGACGAGGAUUGUGAGCAAAGAUUCGCAGACCUUUUUGGAGAUGGCUGUGUGGUGAAAGUCGAACCCUUUGUGCAGGUCAGCGGCAUCUUGGCCCCUCCAGCAGCAGUGGAUAAGACGUCCCUGCAGAACGACCUGGAGCGCUUUGCUGCUGACUAUGGCAUUGAGCUGCGAAUGGAGGACGCAGGUGGCAACAACGUCCGCGUUCACAUGGAAGGCUCCCAAUCGGCGGUGAAAGGCAGCAAGCCGGAGCUGCAGAAUCUCAUGCAGUUUUACGCGCAAGCGAGCUAG